AUGGGUACUCUAUCAGCUGUCACGGCGGUGCUGGCAUUGCUUGCUCCGGCAAGCCUUGCUGCCUCGCCUGCCAUCGUCUCGUCCCCCGGUGACACGGCCAUCAUCCCAGGAUGGAGCAUGCAAUCCGUCCUCCACGCGCCCUCGAACCUCACGGCCCUGUCGCAGCCCGGCGCGGACGUUUCGUCAUGGUAUCGCGUGGGCUCGCGUGCCACCGCAAUGGGAGGCCUCAUCGAGGCCGGCGUCUACAACGACUCGCAGCUCUUCUUCUCCGACAACCUCAACAAGGUCGUCGAUCGCACAGUGUUCAACACGCCCUGGCUGUACAGAGAGGAAUUCACCGUCAAUGUGCCACCGGGCCAGCAUAUCUUCCUGAUCAUCCACGGCAUCACGUCCAAAGCGGACAUCUACAUUAAUGGCUUCCAGAUUGCAGACAGCUCCUUCCAGGAAGGCUCCUACGGAGGGCACAAGUACGAAAUCACCAACUACCUGCGUUCUGGCCCGAAUUGCCUUCUGAUCCAGGCGUACCCGACCAACUAUCUGCGGGACUUUGCCAUGGGCUUCGUUGACUGGAAUCCCUAUCCCCCGGACAACGGCACCGGAGUCUGGCGCGACGUCCAAAUCUCUCAGACAGGGCCCAUAGCUCUCGCACCGUUGCGCGUGGUGACUGACUACACCCCUGGCGCGACCACAGUAGCCAUCACUGUGAAGACAAACGCCACGAACCUCGAGAGCAACGCCGUGAACGGGACGAUCCAGGGCCUCAUUCGCUCGGACGAUGGCUCACAGACUAUUCCCCUGUCGCAGUCGUUCAGUCUGCAGGCCCGUGAAGAGAAGACCAUCGCCAUUACCGUCCAAGUCGACAAUCCCAGGAUCUGGUGGCCAGCAUUGUGGGGAGAGCAGCCUCUCUAUUCUGUCAGCCUCAAUGCCUCCGUCGCGGGAUUGGUGUCGGAUGUUGCCAGUCCCAGAAACUUUGGCAUCCACCAGAUCACAUCGCACCUCAAUUCGCACAACGACACGGCCUUUACUGUCAACGGACUUCCCUUCCUUGUGCUCGGAGGAGGCUACUCGCCCGAUAUGUUCAUGCGGUGGGACGAAGACCGCGUCCAGAAGCAGUUCCAGUACAUGCUGGACAUGGGACUCAACACCCUUCGGCUGGAGGGCAAGCAAGAGCACCCGGAACUCUUCGACCUGGCCGACCGCAUGGGGUUGAUGGUAAUGGCCGGCUGGGAAUGCUGUGACAAAUGGGAGGGGUGGACUUACAAUGACGAAGCCGACGGCGUCAAAUGGGACGAUCAUGACUACUGGAUCGCCAACUACUCCAUGCUGCACGAAGCGGCCAUGAUGCAGACGCACCCCAGUGUGCUCGCCUUCCUGGUCGGUUCGGACUUCUGGCCUGACGACCGGGCGGCACAGAUCUACGUCGACGCGCUCCACACCUGGGACUGGCCCAACCCGAUCAUCGCAUCCGCCGCAGAACGCGGAUAUCCCAAGAUCCUGGGAUUGUCGGGAAUGAAGAUGGCUGGCCCGUACGACUGGGUGCCGCCCAACUACUGGUACGGGGGCAAGGAGGGCGCUGCGUUUGGCUUUGGGUCCGAACUGGGUGCGGGCGUCGGCACGCCGGAGAUCAGGAGCCUGAGGAAGUUCCUGUCGGAGCAGGAUCUGACGGAUCUGUGGACGCAGCCGGGCAAGGGCCUGUUCCACAUGUCCAGCAGCGACUCGCAAUUCUACAACCGCUCCAUCUACGACGCUGCCUUGUACGCACGGUAUGGAGCGCCCACGAGUCUGGAUGACUACCUGCUCAAGGCGCAGAUCAUGGACUACGAGGCCACCCGGGCUGAAUUCGAAGGAUUCGCGGCGCUGCAGAAUGCAGAGCGGCCGGCCACUGGAGCGAUCUACUGGAUGCUGAACGGCGCCUGGCCGAACCUUCAUUGGCAGCUGUUCGACUACUACUUCAGCCCGGCGGGAUCGUACUUUGGAACCAAGAUGGGCGCUCGUCCGGAGCAUGUCGCAUACGACUAUGAGGCGCAUAACGUCUACCUGAUCAACCGUCACAACGCGCUGGCUGCGAACGACCAGGGCACGCGCACGGUCUCGAUUGAUCUGAUCGACACGACGGGCAAGCCUUUGUCACGGCAGAACAUCACGGCUCAGACGAAGCCCAACUCGUCGCAGGGGGUGGCCACGGUCUCCGGCAUCAACAAGAUCAAAGACGUUGCCUUCUUGAGGCUCGUCCUGCAGGACCCUGCGUCGAAGACGGUGCUCAGCCGCAACGUGUACUGGCUCUCUGCGAAGAAAGACACCCUCGAGUGGAACGAAACCACCUGGUGGUACACGCCCACGACGUCGUACGCGGACUACACCGCGCUCAACAAGCUGGCCAAUGCCACCGUCACGGCGAGUGUGCAACCCGCACCGAACAGCAAAGCAGGAACCACCAGCCUGUCCGUCGCGCUUGAGAACAAGUCCGACGUGCCGGCCUUCUUCAUCCGGCUGGUCCUGACGGACGCGCAGACGCAGGACGCCAUCACCCCGGUGUACUGGUCCGACAACUAUGUGACGCUGUUUCCGCAGGAGAGUCUCACUCUGACGGUGGAGUUUAACUCGACUGCUAGCAGUCCGGCGGUUGAAAUCUCCGGCCGCAACAUUCCGACGAGCUUGAUCAAGUGA